AUGGAAGCCUUGUGGAAUUUAGAAGACAAGUGGAAGGUGUCAACCCAAGAAGCAUGUCAAUUUUUGCUGCUUGUCUGCACUGUUUUGGUUGCUGUCGGGCUCUGCGCAGUGGCAGUUGCAAGGAGGAUGGCUAGGCAGAAGCGGCGGGUCAGCCACGAACUGGGCGAUGAGCCCGUGUCCAUAAGGAUGCACUGGGAGGGGCCAGGGCCUGGCUGUGGCAGGCUGAAGAAGGUGCUGAUGCGCUCAGUCCGGUGGAGCGGAGCGAGCAAGUGGGGAGACGGUGGUGGAGAGAGGUGGAGAGUGGGAAUGCCACCAUUGCUCGUUACGGGAGAAUGGCCGAGCCAUAAUUCAGCAUCCCCGGUGUGGCAGAGACCCAUCCUCAUGGGGGAAAAAUGUGAGCUUCCGAGGUUCAGCGGGCUUAUUUUGUAUGACGAGAGAGGCCAGCCACUUCCCCAAUACUCUCACCAGGAAAACAGAGUUGUUGUGGGGAGAACUACUUUGAAAGAUUUGUUGUAA